CACCUAAAAGUCGUCUCCAGAACCGUUUACUCUUUCACCUGGCACAUAAGUUCAGUGAUGAGAAGAAACUGAUGAGCUCUCACCAGAAUCUGCAAGACAUUACAGAAGAUCAGCUUAGUUUGGCAUCUAUCCACUACAUGCGGUCCCAUUACCAAGAAGCUAUUGAUAUCUACAAACGCAUUCUUCUCGAUAAUCGGGAAUACCUGGCUCUGAAUGUAUAUGUGGCCCUAUGCUAUUACAAACUGGAUUACUAUGAUGUAUCACAGGAAGUGCUAGCUGUUUAUCUUCAGCAAGUUCCUGACAGCACCAUUGCUCUUAACCUUAAGGCUUGUAACCAUUUCCGACUUUACAAUGGGAAGGCUGCAGAGGCAGAGCUCAAGAACUUGACAGACAGUGCCUCAUCAUCUUUUGAGUUUGGGAAGGAGCUCAUUAAGCACAAUCUGGUGGUGUUCCGAGGAGGAGAAGGGGCUUUGCAGGUUCUGCCUCCUCUGGUUGAUGUUAUUCCUGAGGCAAGACUGAAUCUUGUCAUUUACUAUCUCCGGCAAGAUGAUGUGCAGGAGGCUUAUAACCUGAUUAAGGACCUGGAACCUACAGCUCCACAGGAGUACAUUCUCAAAGGAGUGGUAAAUGCAGCGCUUGGACAAGAAAUGGGCUCGAGAGAUCAUCUGAAAAUUGCUCAGCAGUUCUUCCAGUUGGUGGGUGAAUCAGCCAGCGAAUGUGAUACCAUUCCAGGGAGACAGUGCAUGUCCUCCUGCUUCUUUCUUCUUAGACAGUUUGGUAAUGUCCUGAUUUACCUCAACUCAGUCAAGAGUUACUUCUACAACGAUGACACUUUUAACUUCAACUACGCCCAAGCCAAAGCUGCCAUGGGCAAUUUUAGUGAGGCUGAAGAGGUGUUCCUUUUGAUCCAGAGUGAGAAGAUAAAGAAUGAUUUUGUUUACCUUAGCUGGCUAGCUCGCUGCUAUAUUAUGAAUAAGAAACCACAGUUGGCCUGGAAGCUCUAUCUGAAGAUGGAGACCUCAGGGGAGUCCUUUAACCUAUUGCAACUCAUUGCAAAUGAUUGCUACAAAAUGCGUCAGUUUUACUAUUCAGCCAAAGCAUUUGAUGUUCUGGAGAGACUGGACAGUAAUCCUGAAUACUGGGAAGGCAAGAGAGGUGCUUGUGUGGGCGUCUUUCAAAUGAUCUUAGCUGGCCGAGAAGCAAAAGAGACUCUACGGGAAGUAUUGCAUCUUCUGAAGAGCACUGGUAAUUCUCAAGUAGAAUACAUUGUCCGCAUCAUGAAAAAGUGGGCCAAGGAGAACAGAGUCCCUGUUUAAGUCAGUGCCACAAAAUGAACUGGGUCAGUUACUGUUGUGUGUGUGACUGUAAGGUGUAGAUCUUGGUUUCUCCUGUGCAUUCUGGGUAUCACCUUCCUUGCAGGACUUGAGACUAUCAAGCAGGUUGACUCAGCUGAGGAGCAGCGUAGUGCAGUGAGAUUGCAAAACAUUCAGCAAGGGUUUUUUUGUUGGGUUUGUUUUUUUUU